UGCCAUCAAAUCUUCUUUGUCACAUAUUUUCAUAUUUUUCUCAAAUGAUAAAAUAUAAACAGAACAUAAUAAUAUUCUCUUUUUUAUAAUGGGUGAGAAUAAGAAUAUUCUUAUUUCGUGAUUUAUUAAUUUUAGCUUUAAGCCUCUAACCAUGAAUACAAAUACAAUUAUACGAUGCAAAGUGCGAACGUCCUAUUUGAAAAUGGUUUUGUGACAAACCCUUGCUAAAAAAGAGAGAGGGUUUUGUGACAUAUAAUAACCUUAUCGGAUAUACAACUUCAGCAAUAUUUUUUCUUAAAAAAUUCAGCAAUAUAAGUGAUGUACGUAUGUAAAAUAAAUAAAAAGUAAAUUAUACAGUGUUAAAAUAUUGGUUGGUGGACAUUAUACAUCGCACUAGCAGCCACACAGUAUAAUAAUAAGAUCUAAUUCUAAAUUUAAAUGAUAGCGAACUCCCAGUAGUUCUUGUUCAACUAUAAAGGCAAGCCGAUACUCUAUGGCAUAGUAUGCGAAUAAACUAUGCAAAAUAAACUAACUACUCAACUAACCCCCUAAAUUUAUGGAGCUCACAAUCCAAAUAUGGAAUAUUUUAUAUUCUUCGAUUAAAAAGAAAACAAGGUUUUACGCUAUAAUAGCCUUUGGCAAAACAAAAAAGAAAGAAAACAGCUAUAACCUAUAAGGUUACAGUAAUUAAUGAACCUUGUUAACCAUAAACCAAUUUAAUAGUACAUGAUAGCAUGUGCAAUGGCAUAAUCUUCAAGAAAGUGAUGGUUUGUUUUGUAAGCAUCAUCGAGAAUCAAGAUUAACAAAUAAAGAGGACUGUAUCUGUCCCACAUGAACAUGAGCAAAACACACAACAACUUUUACUUUAAAUUUUGAUUAUUAUUAUCCUCCUCUUUUAAUCAAAAUUUUAAACAGCAAUAACGAUGUAGAGAGAGUGAGAGAGAAGAUGGCGUGGCUGUGUGGUCACAAUAGAAAACUGUUUUUAGAGAGAGAAAGAGAGAGAAUAUUUUUGGUGGAAGGCCCACAAACACAUGUAAUCAACAAAAUCAUGCGAUAAGAGAGAGAGAGAGAGAGAGAGAGAGAGAGAGAGAGAGAGAGAGAGAGAGAGGGAGUGAGGAGACAAAAGUAAAGUGAAGAUAAAGGAAUCGAGUUGGAGAGACAACCCAUUUGAUGCAUCUCUUUCUCGUCCUUUCUUGGCUUUACUCUCUUCUUUUUGAAAUUCCAUUGUUUACAGAUUAAAGCUUCCUUCUUUUUCAUUCUUCAAACACCAUUAUUACCUUCAAAUCAUUCAAUCUCUACUACACAGCUGCUUGUUCUAAUCUCUAGGGUUUAUAGUUCUUACUUAACCCCAAUCUCUGCAAUUGACUCUGUUUCUUAGAUUGUAUCCUUCUGGGUCCCUUUCUUGUUAAUGGUGUGAAAGCUUAAACCUUUCCUCUCUCUCUCACUCAACAAUGGCUGAGAUCAAGAAGAUAACAAAAGCAGAGCAGCAAGGACAAACCAAGAUCAGGAGUGUACCAGUAGCUGUAACUCCUGAAGGCUUCUGGUGUUGCCCUUCUCCCGUAGCUUUCCAAAAGACUCUCAAAUCUCACCACUCUCUCCACAAACCCAAACACUCUCCGACCGAGAAGAAGCCCGCCGAGAAGGAGAAGGAGAAGGAGAAGAGACCCUCCUCCACGACUAUUAGAUCCGUCAUCGCUUCAGACGAGCAGCAACAACAACAGAGCAACUCAGAAGAGACCACCCAUCACAGCAUCGCCGUCCCGGUGACGGUCCAAGAGCGUCCAGAGAGGCAAAAGGUCGAGACUUUACCGAGGAAAGUGGCCAUCGAGUUCGGCGAGCCAGGGAGCAGCGACGCUAAAGUGAUUCUGGUGGGGAAGCAAGGCUUCUGCGUGAAGCUGAGUGUUCACAAGAAGGUCCUUGUUGAUCACAGCAGCUUCUUCGCUAAGAAACUCUCCGAUAAAGACUCUGUUUUCGCCUGUCUUGAGAUCGAGAGCUGCGAAGACGCUGAGAUCUACGUCGAGACCGUUGGGCUCAUGUACUGUAAAGACAUGAAGCAAAGGCUUAUGAAACAGAACGUGAGCAGAGUCCUCCGUGUCCUUAACGUUGCGGAGCUUCUUGGUUUUGGUUCUUGUGUUCAGUCUUGUUUGGAUUAUUUAGAAGCUGUGCCUUGGGUUGGUGAAGAGGAAGAGGAGAAAGUGAUCUCUUCGAUACUUCGAUUAAAGACAGAAGGUGUUAGUGUUGUUACUACUCCUGUGUUAAAAAGAGUUGCUUCCUCUUCUGUGGAUCCGCCUAAAGAGACGCUCUCACGCAUCAUCGAGCUUGUGUUGAGAAGCAAAGAGGAGAAGAGCCGUCGCGAGAUGAAGUCUAUUGUUCUGAAGCUUCUCAGGGAGCAGAACGGGAACAAUGUAGCUGAGAAUUUCAACGAGACGAUCUACUCCUCUUGCCAGAGCUGCUUAGACUCGGUCUUGUCUCUGUUCAGACAAGACGAGAGUGAUGCUAAACAGAUAGGUGUGGAAGCUGAUAACCUCACGUGGCUGCUUGAUGUGUUGGCGGAAAGACAAGCAGCAGAGGAGUUUUCAGUCACGUGGGCUAACCAAAAGGAGCUCGCUUUGUUACACGAGAAGGUUCCUUUGGUGUCUCGUUACCAUAUAAGCCGUGUGACGUCUAGGCUCUUCGUAGGGAUAGGGAGAGGAGAGCUGCUGCCUUCGAAAGACACUAGGCUUUUGCUGUUGACCACGUGGCUGCAGCCUUUGUUCAAGGACUAUAACUGGCUGCAGCACGGUUGCAGAUCGUUCGAUGGGAAGCUUGUGGAGGAAGGGAUAGGGAGGACGAUACUGACGUUGCCGCUGGAAGAUCAGCAGAGGAUUUUGAUGUCUUGGCUUGGGAGCUUCUUGAAUGGUGGAGAUGGUUGUCCGAAUCUGCAGAGAGCUUUUGAGGUUUGGUGGAGGAGAUCGUUUGUUAGACCUUACUCAGAUCGUCAGGGUAGUGGGGUGUCUCAGACGGAUUCGACUUCAAAAGAGUGAUGGUUUUGUGAAGGCUGAGUAAAGCUUUGUUAGAUUUGUACAGUGAAUAACGUUAGCUGUGGAAACUGGAAAGUGUUUGGUUUUGCUGAUCUUUGAUUUCCGGUUUGGUUGGUUUCUGGUUUUGGUUUGGUUUAUAUCGUACCAUGGAGAGGUAAUGGCUUUAGUGGUUGAGUUUUUUUCUCUCUUGAUGUUUUUGUAUUUUUCCAUUUUUCAUGAAAGUAUAAUGUUACUGGAUGUAUAUUUCUGAUUACAAAAAAAAUAUAUUUCUGAUUCGAUUUCUAUACCAA